ACGGUGGCAGCCCGAGAGGGGCAGAAUUGUUUGUCAAAUCCGACCACCUAAUGCCAAACCUAGGACUACCCGACCCGACGUCUCACUGUCACGCUCUCCGCCGUCUGAUUUAACGUCGGUGAUGGAGAAUCCCCGAUUCGGUGGCGAUGGGUUUGAAAAAAGGAGCAAAAUUGAGGAAAUUUAAAGGCAAAACCCAAAACCGCGAUCUUAAUUAUGGGAGAGAGCGGUCAGGAGAAAAGUAGAGCGUGUUUUCCGGUGCAAGGACGAAUAAGCAAAAGCUGAUGCGGCGACACGUGGCGGAGAAGUGACCCUGUGAUGGACAUGCAACGGCGGUGAUUCGCUGCCCCCAUCUCUGAUCCGAUUUAUUGCAACUGGGAGUGAACUGUAGAGAAGUGGGCAGAUUAUAGAUUUUCUCUCUCUCUUUCAUGAUCUGUACAAGGAGGUGUGCUAGUUCGAGAAGGGGAAGCGCCUGGUUUGGGAUCGGUACUGUUAUUGGCUGUCAUAAAUUGAGGUUGCAGUGGCCAUGGCGGCGGUUGCAGGGCUGUGACUUUAAUGCAUCCGCAAAAUGGCAGCAGCUUGCAGGGAAAUGAAUUGACGACGACGGCGACGACGACGAAGACGACGGGGAAGGAGAGUCAAUUAUGGAAUAAGCCUUGUUUCGGUGUCCUGGAAGAUUCCCCAUCAGGAGAACGACGACUGGCUCUCUAAUCUGUAAUUUUCUUCUUCGUUUGGCUAUGGAUUUUGUCUUGAAAUUGAGGUUUGGAAGAUGUCUGGGUUGUUCUCUCUAGGCGGAAAGGAAGAAGCGAGCCAGCAGCAGCAGCAAGGCUUUGUUUUGUUCCGGAACGAGGAGAUCUACAACAAGGGUUUCGAGCUAUGGCAACAGUAUUAUCAACACCAUCAUCAUAACCAGCAAAAGCUGCACCAGCUCCAGGAGCUGGUGCUGGAUCCCAGUAGAAGAAUCGAGAACAGUAGUAAUAGUGUUUCGGAUGAGUUCCACAGAUCGGAGAUCAGAGCGAUGAGGCAAGGAAGAACGGGAGGGGGAAUGAAUUGCCAGGACUGCGGUAACCAGGCCAAGAAGGACUGUUCGUAUCUCCGGUGCCGGACUUGCUGUAAAAGCCGAGGGUUUCAGUGCCAUACCCACGUCAGGAGCACGUGGGUUCCGGCCGCCAAACGCCGCGAGCGGCAGCAGCAGCAGCUCGCUUCUUUGCAGCAGCAAAACGAACAGCAGCAGCAGCAACAGCUGACUUUGAGGGGUGAGAAUCCCAAACGGCUCAGAGAAAAUCCAGGGUUAGAAGUGGGUCACUUCCCGGCCGAGGUGAAUUCUCAGGCGGUGUUUCGAUGCGUGAGAGUGAGUUCCAUGGACGAUGCAGACGAGCAGUACGCGUACCAGACGGCCGUCAACAUCGGAGGCCACGUUUUCAAGGGAAUUGUCUACGAUCAAGGCCCUGAAAGCCGCUACGGUGGCGGCGAAAGCUCCUCCGGCGGCGGCGGAGGCCAAGGCCAACCCCUUAAUCUCAUCACCGGGGCUAGCAAUACCCCCGCCGCCGGAGUCGCCAGCAGCAGCAAUCCUCCGGUCACAAUGCUUGAUCCUUCUAUCUACCCAGCUCCACUCACCGCUUUCAUGGCGGGUACGCAAUUCUUCCCACCGCCUAGACCUUAAGAAAGGGUCUCUAACAUUCUCAAUCCGAAAUUGCUUAUUAUUGGUCUUAUUAUUGUUUAACGUUAAAUUUCCCUAGUGUAUGAUCAUUACUCAAGUCCUGCCCAUUGAAUCGAGACAAUGUAUUGGGCUUUGCUUGGAUCCAUUAGCCAGCCAGCUAGUUCGAACUUCAAUUUUGAUUUUGUUGGGUACGUAGUGUUUAUCAAAUUUAUCCAUUGCCCUUUUGAUGUGGUAGUGAGUGUUGCUUCUGCUGCUGCAUCUGGAUGCGUGCACUUAUGUGUUGUUUCUUCA